AUGGCCUCUCAACCUCGAAUAGCGAUCAUCGGCGGAGGUAUAUCCGGAGUCUGUCUAGCCAUAGCUCUCCAAAAGCGUAAUAUCGACGUGACACUAUACGAACAAGCGCCCAAAUUCGGCGAGAUCGGAGCUGGCGUAGCAUUCAAUCCAGCAGCUACGAGAGCUAUGAAGCUCUGUUCGACCGAUAUAUAUGAUGCCUUUGAGAAAGUAGCUACUACAAACAUGUCGUCUGAAAAGCAGAAAACAUGGUUUGACUGGUUAGACGGAGAGGCUGAUGAGCCCAUCGGUCAAGAACCUUAUUUGUUUAGCGUGACGAAUGAAUUUGGUGCGAAUGCAGUUCACAGAGCUCAUUUCUUAGAUGAAAUUGUUGAUUUGUUAAAAGAGGGAACUACAAAAUUUGGUAAACACUUAGAUACGAUCAUCGACGAAGGAGAUACGAAACCGUUGAAAAUGAGGUUCCAUGAUGGGACUGAAGAAGAGACAGACGCCAUCAUAGGUUGCGAUGGGAUCAAGUCAAGUGUUAGGACUUGGAUGUUAGGUAAAGAUUAUCCUGGAAGUUCACCGAGUUAUACACAUAAAUACGCUUAUAGAGGAUUGAUACCAAUGAAGAAAGCUGUUGAAGCGCUAGGAGAAGAUUUGGCUCAAAAUGCCAAGAUGCAUAUGGGACAUAAUGCCCAUGUGCUGACUUUCCCAGUAGACCACGGCGAGACCAUGAACGUCGUAGCAUUCCGAACCAAUUCUGAAUCAUGGCCAUCUUCCGAAAAGCUCGUGUUGCCUUCCGAGAAAUCACACGUCAAGAAAGAUUUCGAACACUUCGGGCCUACCGUACAGAAGAUUAUCGAUAUUCUCGAACCGAAACUUGAUUGUUGGGCGAUAUUCGAUCUGGGUGAUCAUCCGAUGGAAUCGUAUCACAAGAGGCGGGUGUGCGUCUUGGGUGAUGCAGCCCAUGCUACUAGUCCACAUCACGGUGCAGGUGCUGGAAUGUGUAUCGAAGAUGUCGCUAUGAUGGCUGAAUUACUCAACGAUCACAAAGUCAGACAGCAAGGGUUGAAAGGUGUUGAAAUCGCUGUCAAGACAUUUAGCCAGACGAGAACAGAAAGGACUCAGUGGUUAGUACGAUCCAGUCGACGGAGUGGAGAUUUGUAUGAAUGGAGGGUAGAAGGUAUAGGGAAAGACAUCGAGAAGAUCCAGAAGGAAUGUAAAGAGAGUAAUGAGAAGAUAUGGAAUGCUCAGAUCACGGAGAUGGUAAAAGAAGCGAAAUCCGUUUUGGACAGGAAAUUCUGA